UUAUUUUUUCUUUUCUUUUCUUUUAUAUUUUUUUUCUUUUACUUUUUAGAAAAUAAUAGACCUAAAGUAUGUCUGCAAUUCGUACUUUUACCUCUUUGACUAAGGCUGCAACUCGCCAAUCCUCUUUUCGCUUUACACCUGCUGUUGCUAUCGGUGCUACUCGGGCUUACUCUUCAAAGGUUAAGACUUUGAAGGAACGUCUUAUGGAAAUUAUCCCUGAAAAGCAAGCUGAAGUGAAGGCUUUUAAGAAAGAAUAUGGUUCUAAAGUCCUUGGUGAGGUUACCCUUGACCAAAUGUACGGUGGUAUGCGUGGUAUCAAGGGCCUUGUUUGGGAAGGUUCCGUUCUCGAUGCUGAAGAAGGUAUUCGUUUCCGUGGUUUAACUAUCCCUGAUUGUCAAAAGGUGCUUCCUGCCGCUGAAGAGAAUGGUGAGCCUCUUCCUGAAUCUCUCUUCUGGUUACUUGUUACUGGUGAAGUCCCUACCCCAGAACAAGUCAAGGGUCUCUCUGCUGAAUGGGCUGCACGUUCCGCUAUCCCUGAUUUCGUCGAAGAACUCAUUGAUCGUUGUCCCAAGACUCUUCAUCCUAUGUCUCAAUUCUCUCUUGCCAUUAAUGCUCUUCAACAUGAGUCUCACUUUGCUAAGGCCUAUAGUGAAGGUAUCCACAAGUCCCAAUAUUGGGACCCUACCUUUGAGGAUACUAUGGAUUUAAUCGCUAAGCUUCCUAAUGUUGCUGCUAGAAUUUAUCGUAAUGUUUAUAAGGAUGGUAAACUUCCCGCUAUUGAUGCCGACAAAGAUUACUCAUACAAUUUCUCCAAGCUCUUGGGUUUCGAGAAUAAUAAGGACUUUGUUGAAUUAAUGCGUCUUUAUCUUACUAUUCACUCUGAUCACGAAGGUGGUAAUGUCUCUGCUCACACUACUCACUUGGUUGGAUCCGCUCUUUCUGAUCCUUAUCUUUCUUUCGCCGCUGGUUUGAACGGUUUGGCUGGUCCUCUCCACGGUUUGGCUAACCAAGAAGUCCUUCGUUGGACCUUGAAGAUGAAGGAUACCAUUGGUAUUGAUGCUUCUGAAGAACAAAUUAAGAAAUACCUUUGGGAUACCCUUAACAAUGGUCAAGUUGUUCCUGGUUACGGUCAUGCUGUCUUGCGUAAGACUGAUCCUCGUUAUACCGCUCAACGUGAAUUUGCCUUGAAACACUUGCCUGAUGAUCCUCUCUUUGGAUUAGUUUCUAAAUUGUAUCACAUUAUUCCCGGAGUCCUUACUGAACACGGUAAGACCAAGAACCCUUGGCCCAAUGUUGAUGCUCAUUCCGGCGUUCUUCUCCAAUACUAUGGUUUAACUGAGCAAGAUUACUAUACCGUUCUCUUUGGUGUAUCUCGUGCUCUCGGUGUUACUUCUCAAUUGAUUUGGGAUAGAAUUUUAUUGUUACCCAUCGAACGUCCCAAAUCAUUCUCUUCCGCUUAUCUUAUGAAGAUGCUUGGUGCUAAAUAAAUCUUGUAUAUAUUAUAAAUGAUUGAAAUAAAAAAGGAAAAUAAAUUUUAAAAUUAC